AUGCCGGCAAAGAGCACCUCGUACGCCUCUACGUCCAAACAGCCCCGCGGCCGUCCGCCCGUUGCGAGCGCAUCGCGCAGCAAUGGUGGGCCAGCAGCCUCGACAAACCCCAUCGAGGUGGAUUCGGAGGGGGACGACGACGAGGACGACGACGAAGUCGAGGAGGGCGAGGGGGAGUACGUCAUCGAGGCUAUCCUGAAGAAUCGAUACAACAAGAAGACGGGCGUCGACGAGCUCCUCGUACGAUGGGAGGGCUACGGCCCGGAAGACGAUACGUGGGAGCCAGAGGCCAACAUCAGGGAGACGGCAAACGACAUGGUCAAUACCUUUUGGGCGACGAAGCCUCAUCCGCGCCAAACGGAGAAGCGUGAGGCAGAGAGGAUCAAGGAGGCGCAGGAGAGGAAAGCACGCAGGAAGGCCGGCAAGCAGGCGCAGGCGCAGGCUCGGCGAGAGACUAGCGAUAGCAGCAGCAGCAACGAGGCGAGCGAGGCUGUAGGAUUGGAAGCAGCGAGGAAGGCGCAGCGCAAUGGCCGCUUGGACAAGUACUUUAAGCCUCAGCUCACGGCUACGGCGACGGAAGGCAUGGACGAAGACGACGAGGAGGAGGAGGAGGAGGAGGUGGCAGCGCUUGCCAAUGUGCAAGAUGCCAGCGUACGAGGCGGGCUGGCACUACGUAUCGAGAUGAACAAGCUGGAGACGUGGAGCAACAAGGGCGUCAAGAUCUUCACCAUCGUACCCAUCGAGGAGGUACCCACCUUCGACGAGCUCUUCCCGCAGUCGACGGAGAAGCAAUUCCUCGCCUGGAUCCAAUUCAAGGGCCACAACCACAAACUCCUCUACCCGCUCGAAGACCUGCGCGAGAAGGCGCCGCAGGUCGUCAUCGACUUUCUCGUCACCAACCUCAAGUUCUCGUAG